UCUGACUCUGACUCUGAAUCUGUUUCUGACUCUGACUCUGACUCUGAUUCUGAUUCUGACUCUGACUCUGAUUCUGACUCUGACUCUGACUCUGACUCUGACUCUGACUCUGUUUCUGACUCUGACUCUGACUCUGACUCUGAUUCUGACUCUGACUCUGACUCUGAUUCUGUUUCUGACUCUGACUCUGACUCUGAUUCUGACUCUGACUCUGAUUCUGACUCUGACUCUGACUCUGAUUCUGAUUCUGAUUCUGACUCUGACUCUGACUCUGAUUCUGUUUCUGACUCUGACUCUGACUCUGAUUCUGACUCUGACUCUGAUUCUGACUCUGACUCUGAUUCUGAUUCUGACUCUGACUCUGAUUCUGACUCUGACUCUGACUCUGACUCU